AUGGCUGACACCGUCGCCAGGCUGAAUGAGCGCUUCGGCGCCGGCGACGAUCAGCCCCUCGAGCCCGAUAUCAUUGUCCAGCUCCAGUCGAUCAUGAACAUGCAUGCCCUGCCCGUUCAGGAGCUCUUCUACAAGUGGGAGGCCUACUGCAUCCGCAUGGACCUGCCGCUCGACCAGGCCGCCCUCACCAUGGAGCGACUGCGUGCCUUCAAGCAGAACCUGCAGGACGCGCUCGAGCGGCGCAACCAGGAGCAGCAGAACAUGCCGCAGGUGUCAUCACACGCCAAGAAGAUCAAGACAGAACGCAUGGCGGCGACGCCGCGGCGAAACGCGGCCAACAAGGGCGGCGAUGUCUAUGGGCUGCUGGACGGGAUGGGCAUUGCGGCGCCGAGCACGCCGGGGUCGAACGGCACCUUUGUCUCCAAAACGGGCUCGACGGGCAAACGGAUCGGUGCCGCCGGCGUGACGCCAAACACAAAGACACCCGCGAAGCUCGAGGACCAGCUCAACUCGCUCAGCGGCGGCGCUCUCAUCCCCGCCUCGCCCUUUGCCGACCGGCCCAACGCCGGUGAGGUCAUUGAGGUGCUCAACCAGCACCUGCCGGCCCCCACACCACCCAUUGUUCCGUAUGCCGCGUCGCGUAUUAAGCUGACGGCGGCCUCGGACCAGAAGAAGCUGGGGUACAAGCCGCUGGCCAUGAAGCUGUCUGAGGCGUCCGAAAUUCUGGACGACCGCAUCGACGAGUUCACGACGCUGGUCAUGGAUCAUCACAAGAUUGACUACGAGGCCUUUGGCAGCGCCGCCAGCCAAAGCACGUCGGAGAUUGUGGCCGUCGGCCGCAUCGCGUCCGACGCCGCCGAGGGCAAGCUGAACGCGGCGUCUGUCGUUCUCGAGACGUCACGGCGCAUGGGCGGCGGCCUGCGCGUACCGCUCGACCUGACCCGCUUCCGGAGUGGCCCAGACGGCUUCCAGUUUUUCCCGGGCCAGAUUGUGGCUCUGCGCGGCACCAACUCGUCCGGCGCAGCGUUCUCCGUCAGCCGGAUCCUGGACAUACCGCUGCUGCCCAACGCGGCCUCGACACAUGCGACACUGGCGGCCCACAGAGACCGAAUGCGAGGCGGCGACAGUGCCGACGACGACAUGAUGGAUGUGGACGGCAACGAUGGUGAGGCCAAGAAGGAUCCUGCACCGCUCAACAUCAUGUUCGCCUCGGGCCCGUACACGGCCGACGACAACCUCGACUUUGAGCCGCUGCACACGCUCGUCAGCAAGGCCAGCGACACGUCUGUUGAUGCUGUCGUGCUGGCCGGGCCGUUCCUCGAUGCGGACCACCCGCUGAUUGCGACGGGCGACUUUGACCUGCCGGACGACGCCGUCGUCGACCCGGACACCGCCACCCUCACGACCGUGUUCCGCUACCUGAUUGCACCGGCGCUGCAGCGGCUCGCGGCGGCCAACCCGUCCGUCACGAUCCUGCUGGUGCCGUCGGUCCGCGACGUCAUUGACAAGCACGUGUCGUGGCCGCAGGACGCGUUCCCGCGCCGCGAGCUGGGCCUGCCAAAAGCCGCGCGCAUUGUCGGCAACCCCAUGACGCUGUCCAUGAACGAGAUGGUCGUGGGCGUCUCGUCGCAGGACAUUUUGUACGAGCUGCGCCAAGAAGAGGUCACGGGCGGCCGGGUCGCCGACGCCAAUGCCAUUUCGCGCGCCUGCCGCUACUUGCUCGAGCAGCGCCACUACUUCCCGCUGUUCCCGCCCGUCGACCGCCGGCGGCUGCCCAAGACGGGCGUCGACGAGGGGCGGGGCUUGGCGACGGGACCCAUGCUGGACACGAGCUACCUCAAGCUGGGCGAGAUGGUCAAUGUGCGGCCAGACGUGCUGAUUGUGCCGAGUACGCUGCCACCGUUUGCCAAGGUGGUGGAGAGUGUGCUGAUGAUCAACCCGGGGUACCUGUCGCGGCGGCGGGGUGCCGGCACGUAUGCACGGAUGACGCUGUAUGCACCGGAGGACAACAGUGCAAGUGCGGACGGCGAGGCCACCAUGGUUGGCCACAAGAUCUUUGAUCGGGCACGGGUAGAAAUAACUAAGAUUUAG